AUGAAUGGCGUCCAAAUAACCAUCAGAAGCCUGAAAACCAGUGCAAAAUCAAACGGAUGGGUACACAAAUGGUCUCGAUUCAAAAGAUGGCAGGAAAUGCACGCGGCGCACGCUGAAAAUGUGCAGGAAAAGCAGCGGAAUCAGAAUUUUAUCAAAUUACCCACAGGGUUGUAUAUUACACCGGAACGGCCCGAUGAUUUAACCCCCAAAAAAGCUCCCGCCGACAUGACAAGAAAGGAUACUGGCCAAUUACCGAUGGAAUUACUCACUUGGCACACUCAAAUGCGAUAUGUGGACCAUUCCAUCGAUAAUAUCAGAAGAUAUCGUAGAUAUAAGAAUUUUCAGCAUAUGCAAUAUGAUCAGAGGGUAAUCCCAGAACGUCUUCUAUUUCUUGGCGCUGACCUAGCGGCCGCCCAUUUUUUGGUCCAUAGAGGCGCCGCUGUGAAGUUUGUCGGAGAUGAUAACUGGUAUAAGAAGGAUAAGUGGAAUAAUUACAGUCUCCCCGGUCGAAAAGUGGACAAUCUUUUUAUCGAGGCAAUCGACGCGUCGGGAACUCAAAUAAUGUUUGAAGGACUCGAAAAUCUCGAAAAUCUCCAACAUUUACGUCUUCUUCGUCUCGCGAAUUGCGAAUGGAUCGAUGAUUGGAGUGUCGGACGAAUCGGAGGGCUCCUUCCCAAUCUGGAAAUGCUCGAUUUGUCCGGAUGUCCGCGAAUCUCAUCAAAGGGCCUUAUGGGAUUGAAAAAUUCGAAAAAACUGAAAUUUUUGAGGCUAGAAGGGCUAGAAGACGUCAAAAAUCUGGGGAAAUCUGCGUUGAUUCUGGAGGAAUUGAUACCGAGUCUUACUGUAAUCGGAAUGGAUUAUGAACACGCUUUCAGACAAAUUGAGGCUGAAAAUCGAUUGUUAGAACAGGAGAGAGUGGUGAUCGAUGGGCGGGGAAAUGCGUUUGUGGAGGAUGACAACGCGCGACUUUUUAUGGUGAUGUCGUCGUCGGAUUCUGGAGAGAAAGCUGUCACAGAUGACAAUGAUAAUCCGAUUAUGACGUCUACAGUGAGAAGAGAAAUCCCGAAAAUGUCGGAUCAAGAAUUCGAGGAGAUCAACGCGUUAAGCGGCGGAAAACUUCGACAUUUGUUAGUCGGAUCGCCCAGUGGAUACGAGUGGAAUGAGACUACAGAAAAGAUUCUGGAGCACGAAGCGUCGCUGAAUCUCGCCGAUGACGUCAUCACCGACCCGAAAAUGUUGCCACGCGGCCAGCGACCGGAAUUCGUGGCGCCCGAGUACCGUAGUCGGUUGGACGAGGCGAAAAUGAAAUUUUUUGAGGAAUUUGGAGAUUUUGAAGAGAAAAAAACGGAAAAAAUCGAAGAUAAUCGAAGAAAAUCACUUUUGUAG